CACUUCCGGCGACCCACAUUGGAGCCAAUGGCAUCGCAGCAGGACAGGCGGUCCAGAGUCAGGUUUAAAUGCGCCGCCAGCCUGCGCGAAGGACAGGGGGAUCCUUGCUGCUUUUGAAAGUUUGCAGAAGUUACUACUUUUAGUAAUACUACGAAGUCAGGAUGUCAAACGAAAGGCCGUUUCAAGAACUGAGUGAGAAUUUGGAGGGAUCCUUGUGCAGGCCUCAGAGGACUAAAUGGAAAAAGCGGCCCUCCUGCAGCGGGGGUCUAGACACUGAAAACACUCCAAACGAGCUCAUCCAGCAGUGGUCACCCCCGCACAAAAAGCUCCUGACUUCUGCAAAAGGGAAAGAAAAUGAGGAAAACAUAUUUGUUCUAGCCAGACGUCCCAGAAAAAGACGAGAAUCAUCAGCAGGCUUGUGUUGGGACAGUCUACCUGAUGAGCUUUUGUUGGGAAUCCUGUCUCGUCUCUCACUGCAAGAUCUACUCAGGACGUCACGGGUCUGCAAGCGCUGGCAUCGUUUAGCGUUUGACGAGUCUCUGUGGCACAGUGUGGACCUGGUUGGAAAAGCACAGUUAGAUGCAGAGCUUGGGCAGGUGCUCUCAGCUGGGGCGUUGAGGCUGCGCUGUCCACACACCUGCAUCGGUCAACCCAGUUUUAAAAGUACAGAGAAACUUCGCAUCCAACAUCUGGAUUUAUCAAACUGCACAGUGGAGACGUCUGUUCUUGAAGAUAUCCUGUUACACUGCAGACAUUUACAGAAUCUCAGUCUCGAAGGAUUGGUGCUCUCUGAUAGUAUUAUUCAUUCUCUUGCUCAAAAUACUGAGUUUGUCCGGCUGGAUUUGUGUGGUUGUUCUGGCUUCUCUCCUGAAUCUCUGGCUGAGAUGCUGAAAUCUUGCACUCGAAUUGAAGAAAUGAACGUGUCGUGGUGUGACUUCAACAAUCUCCACGUUCAAGCCAUUGCUAACAACAUUCCCUCCAGUGUCACUCAACUGAACAUCAGUGGUUACAGACAAAACCUCACCAUGGAAGAUGUCAAAGCUAUAGUAAAAAGGUGUCCGAACCUCACAAACCUAGAUUUGAGUGAUAGCGUGCUUGUGACGACAGACAGUUUUCCCGUCCUGCAGGAACUGUCCUCUCUGAGACAUCUGGGACUGAGUCGUUGUUAUCAGAUCCACCCAGCUUCUCUCAUUGACUUUGAAAAGUUUCUAAAUUUGCAGACCCUGGAGGUCUUUGGGCUCAUACAGGACAGCUACCUGCCCAUUCUUUGUAAAGGUCUACCGCACAUACAGAUCAACACACAGCCUUUCUCCACUGUGGCACGUCCCACCUCGUCAUCAAGAAAAGAUCGCACACUUUGGGGAAUGCACUGCCGACUUGUCUACAAACAUUAAUGUUUUUAAUCCAGGAUGAUUACAGGGUAAACCAAAUUGUAAAAUAGUCAGUAUUUCUCUUUUUGUGCCCAAUUAAUUGUGAUUUUAAAAAAUGUCUUAAGCAUCACUGGUAAGUCCUUUUUGUUUUAUAUUUCAACAGUUUCAAUUUUGAUGACAAUUGUGUUAGAGGUCCUGACAAUCUUGAAUUGAGUGGUGUUCUUAUGUUGUAGCAAAGAUCAUAUCAUUUAUCACAAAAUGAGAGUGGACAAGAUUGUUAGUGGUAUAUUGUACCUGUUUGGUACCAUAUAGCUGUUAAUUUUGAAAAUGGUGAGUUUCACUAGAUUUGUUGCUUCAGGUUGAAAUCUAGAAUAUAGUAAGUUCUCAAAUGCAAGAAUUGUUUUCCUGCCAAAAUCAAGUACAUUUCCAGUUUUACCCUAGGAUUAUCAAAGGUCUAGUUUAGAGAAUGGUUUUAUACUGUUCCUGAAUUAUUUUGCUAUACAAAAGCAUUAGAACAGGUGCUUUAGCAGCAGAGAAAAUAUUGUGAAUCUCUUCCAUUUUUCUGACCAGUUUUAAUAUUGGAAAACUUGAAUUUUGUACAACUUGUUUGACAUGUUUUUAUGAAUUGUUUACAUCUGAAUUGUAAAUAAAUGUAUUGCUUUUUAUUUAAAGUCA